AUGAGAGCAACCGAUGCGGCCCAGAGCUCGGUGGCAGUGGCGCCUGAGCAGAGCAUGGAGUCGGGAACACCUGAGCAGUGCGGGGAGUCGGGGACGCCUGAGCCGAGCGGGGAGCUGGGGAUGCCUGAGCACAGCGCGGAGUCGGGGACACCUGAGCAUAGCGCGGAGUCGGGGACGCCUGAGCACAGCGCGGAGUCGGAAACGCCUGAGCAGAGCGCGGUGGCAGUGGCGCCGGAGCAAAGCGUGGUGUCAAUGGCGCCGGAGCAGAGCACGGUACCGCACGAUCUGCUUCUUGCUCCAGCAAUGGCACCUCCCAAUCCUACAACUUCAAUCCCAACAUGUCGUGAUCCUGCAACAUCGACCGCAGCACGUCGUGUUCCUACAAGAACACUCACUCCUCCAAUAACAGUGGACAACACAGCAGACAUAACAACCAGAGACAGCACAGCCGACAUUACAGCCAGAGACAUCACAGCCAGAAACAAUACAAAAGACAUAACAAUCAGAGACAAUACAGCAGACAUAACAACCAGAGACAACACAGCAGAUAUAACGGCCAGAAACAACACAGAAGACAUAACAAUCAGAGACAACACAGCAGACAUAGCAGCUAGAGACAACACAGCAGACAUUACAGCCAGAGACAACAUGGCAGAAAUAACGACCAGAGACAACACAGUAGACAUAAUAAUCAGAGACAACACAGCAGACAUAACAGCCAGAGACAACACAGCAGACAUAACAGCCAGAGACAACACAGCAGACAUAACAGCCAGGGACAACACAGCCGACAUUACAGCCAGAGACAUCACAGCAGACAAAACAGCCAGAAACAAUACAAAAGACAUAACAAUCAGAGACAAUACAGCAGACAUAACAACCAGAGACAACACAGCAGAUAUAAUGGCCAGAAACAACACAGAAGACAUAACAAUCAGAGACAACACAGCAGACAUAGCAGCUAGAGACAACACAGCAGACAUUACAGCCAGAGACAACAUGGCAGAAAUAACGACCAGAGACAACACAGUAGACAUAAUAAUCAGAGACAACACAGCAGACAUAACAGCCAGAGACAACACAGCAGACAUAACAGCCAGGGACAACACAUCAACGUGA